UGGGGCGAGGCGAGGCGAGGCUUGCUGGAGAGAAGCUGCGGCCGGGGCCCGGCCAGGCUACAGGCGGUGGCGGCGGGACCAUGGAGGCGGCGGCUGCUGCUCCGCGUCGCCCGCUGCUUCUCAUCGUGCUAGUGGCGGCGACGAUGCUGCUCCCGGGGGCUAAGGCAUUACAGUGUUUUUGCCACCUCUGUACAAAAGACAAUUUUACCUGUGAGACGGAUGGUCUUUGUUUUGUCUCAGUCACUGAGACCACAGACAAAGUUAUACACAACAGUAUGUGCAUAGCUGAAAUCGACCUAAUUCCUCGAGACAGGCCAUUUGUUUGUGCACCAUCUUCUAAAACUGGGGCUGUUACAUAUUGCUGCAAUCAGGACCACUGCAAUAAAAUAGAACUCCCAACUACAGGACCUUUUUCAGCAAAGCAGCCCCCUGGCCUCGGUCCUGUGGAGCUGGCAGCUGUCAUUGCCGGUCCAGUCUGCUUCGUCUGCAUUGCCCUUAUGCUGAUGGUCUAUAUCUGCCAUAACCGCACUGUUAUUCACCACCGCGUGCCAAAUGAAGAGGAUCCAUCGUUAGAUCGCCCUUUCAUUUCAGAGGGCACCACCUUAAAAGAUUUAAUUUAUGAUAUGACAACAUCAGGGUCUGGAUCAGGUUUACCACUGCUUGUUCAAAGAACAAUUGCUAGGACCAUUGUAUUACAAGAAAGCAUUGGCAAAGGCCGCUUUGGAGAAGUUUGGCGAGGGAAGUGGCGGGGAGAGGAAGUUGCAGUGAAGAUAUUCUCCUCUAGAGAGGAGCGCUCAUGGUUCCGGGAGGCAGAGAUCUAUCAGACUGUCAUGCUACGCCACGAAAAUAUCCUGGGCUUCAUAGCAGCAGACAACAAAGACAAUGGUACUUGGACUCAGCUGUGGUUGGUGUCAGAUUAUCAUGAGCACGGAUCCCUUUUUGAUUACUUGAAUAGAUACACUGUUACUGUGGAAGGGAUGAUCAAACUCGCUCUGUCUACGGCAAGUGGUCUUGCCCAUCUUCACAUGGAGAUUGUUGGUACCCAAGGAAAGCCAGCUAUUGCUCACAGAGAUUUGAAAUCAAAGAAUAUCUUGGUGAAGAAGAAUGGAACCUGUUGUAUUGCAGACUUGGGACUUGCUGUGAGACACGACUCUGCCACAGAUACCAUUGAUAUCGCUCCAAACCACAGAGUAGGCACUAAAAGGUACAUGGCCCCUGAAGUUCUAGAUGAUUCCAUAAAUAUGAAACAUUUUGAAUCCUUCAAACGUGCUGACAUCUAUGCAAUGGGCUUAGUGUUCUGGGAAAUUGCUCGACGCUGUUCCAUUGGUGGAAUUCAUGAAGACUACCAGCUGCCUUAUUAUGAUCUUGUACCUUCUGAUCCAUCAGUUGAAGAAAUGAGAAAAGUAGUUUGUGAACAGAAGUUAAGGCCAAAUAUUCCAAACAGAUGGCAGAGUUGUGAAGCCUUGAGAGUGAUGGCUAAAAUUAUGAGAGAAUGCUGGUAUGCCAAUGGAGCAGCUAGACUGACAGCUUUGCGAAUUAAAAAAACAUUGUCACAACUCAGCCAACAGGAAGGAAUCAAAAUGUAACUGAAGCUGCGUGGGAACUCUGCUCUUUUCAUAUCUGCUCCUGGGUGUGUUUGGAGGUCGGUUGUUCUACCUCACUGAGAACGGUGGACUCUACUUCCUCUUGCCGCAGUGGAAUGUGGUCAAUUGAAAGUGUCCCGGGUCUCUCUGGGCCCAGAGCAGCCACAGGCAUCCUUUCUGUGCACUAUCGAUGGAUGCUUCUUCCCGGACAGUUACAGAAUGUUGUGUAGUCUACUUUUGUUUCUAUUGACAAAGCUUGUUUUUAAAAGACGACUGCCAGCCCUUAGGAAGAUGCUGUGCCGUUGACCACCUGUAAGGGG